AUCGAAUUUUGGAAGGUAUUUGAGAAUUUAGAAUAAUUUGAUUUGGCAAGUUAUUAUAAAAAAAUUCAUUAAAAAAUAUCCUAAGAAACCAUGCGUUGUGGAUUUAUUACCAAUAUCAAUUAGAUUUAAUGAUUAAUUAUAUUGCAAUGCAAUCAUUUUACAAGUUAGCAUUCCAGACACUUUCAAAUUUCCAUUCUUUGGGAUUAGUUAGUGAUGAGGAGAAGUCAUACUUGAAAGAAGUGAUACUUAAUUGGUCUAAUCCUUAACUUGAUACUUCUUAGGAUUAGAUGUCAAUCUUAGUGCUUUAAAAAAUUUAGGCUUUUAGAAACUAAGCCUAGAGAACUUAGCAAACGAAAAAAUUCUUGUGUUUGAUCGAGGAAGAAACCGAUGAAGAUGAGAAUUUUUGAGUAUAUUUUACUACUUUCUUUUUUAACAUUAAAAACAUC